AUGACGGAAUCGCCCCAGAAAAAACACCUUGGACAGGGAGUCCAAACGCAGUACGAAUCGUACGAGUGUCAGAACCGCCUCUCCACGAUAGGCAUGCGGAUUCGCCAGUCCGUGGAUCGUGGCUACCAGGUCGAAAACGGCUCGUCCGGACUCCCGGGAGACGCCGGUCACGUGACACCACGUGACGCCUGUGCCGUACAGGACAACUCGCAGCUCACGAUCCCCGUGUACAAGCGUGUGCCCAUGCCGGGCGCCAAGCAGGCGCCCAUGCUGGUGAACGCCCGCACGGUGUCGAGCUCCAGCUCCCUGGAGAUGUGGGAGCACCAGCUCGACGAAAGACUCGAGCUCAUCGACAACGACAUUAUGCGCAACAAGCGGGCCUUCGAGCAAGUCGAGGACUGGUAA